UCUAUCUCCAAGCAGUGUCGGGCAAGCAAUAGUUGGUCACAUCGUAAUGGCGUGUUGCCGUAGUCUGAAGUUAUUUCGUCCCGCUAAAAUUGCCUUGUCCACCAUUCAACAGGUAGACAAAGUAUAUCAAAGGACACCAGGUAUUCUCCUGAGGUACUGCAGCUCCUCCAGUAAUAAUAAAAAUGUUAGUCGUUAUCCGGUUCCCUACAAGAAAAAUCUGCCUUAUGACAUAGUGGAACUUAUGGAGGAGGUGGAAACAAAGGGUGGAUUCCUUCCUAAUGUGUUCAAGGCACUGUCUCAUAGACCGGAUGAAUUCCGAGCAUUCUUUGCAUAUUACAAUGUCCUGAUGAACAAAGAAACAGGAAAUUUGUCAAAGGCAGACCGCGAGCUGAUUGUUGUCGCCACCAGUACCCAGAAUCACUGCCUGUACUGCGUCAUUUCCCAUAGUGCACUGCAUCGCAUCUAUUCCAAGAAACCUACACUAGCAGAUCAGGUGGCAGUGAACUAUGGCACCGCCGAGUUGAGUCCUCGAGAACGCUCCAUGCUGGACUUCGCUCUGACCGUGUGCCGCAGCGAAAACGUGACUGAGCAGCACUUCCUGGCGCUGGAGGAGCACGGUCUGGACCGCGAGGAUGCCUGGGACAUCGCCGCCAUCGCCGCCUUCUUCGCCAUGUCCAACCGGCUGGCCCACCUCACGGACAUGCGCCCCAACGCCGAGUUCUACAACCUGGGCAGGCUGCCACGGGACAAGGGGGCCAAGGGGGAGAAGGCUAAGGAUGGCAGUGCAUGAUGAGCAAUUCCACCACUGAUUCUCGUCCCCUGUUGUUUCCAGGGUGCUUGUCUAACAUGUGCCUUUUCCAUCACCCCUUUCCCCAUAAUGCAUUAAUGUUAGUGCUCUAAGAUUGGGAAUACUUUUCUAUUUUACCUCCUAGAGCCUUUGCAGUGCUGUUCCUAAUAUACAGUAGAAAUACUGGAAAAUGAAGUCUGGUGUUCUUCCUGGGGACAUCUGCAACAUGCCGUUCAAGAUUAAGCAGCUGCAGAAUUGCAGGGUAUCACCAUUGCCCAAGCGUUAAUGUGAUCAUUCUAGGGUGAUUCUCUCUUUUGUCCUGAGUUUUGACCUAAUAGCCAUUAAAGCCCCCGCACUAGUUCUGUCAUUUACAAAUGGAUGUACCUUCUGCAGUCUGUGCCAGCAUGUGCCAAUGAGCUUGCAUAACACUGAAUACCAAGUAUUUUCCCCAAAGUCACACUAAAGGUAAACUGUACAUUAUAUCAAUAUCAAUCUUGCUGAUUAGCAAUCUUGCUGCACUCUGUUGAACUUGCUUUGAGCUUCAAGUACAGAACCGCCAGAUAGUGUUUGAGUUUUUUGGCAACACUUUACUCGGGUAGAGAGGCUCAACAGAUCAUCUGUUAAGAUUCAAGUUCAUUAUAAUUGUUGUUGAACAAUUACUGAACAUCACCGUAACCAAAUUGUGACUCACGCAAAAUGUCUGUUUAGCAACAGCAAAGUGAUAUAAUGCUGUGUUUUGUGUAUAGUAAAAUAUGCUUGAUGCUAACGUGGGGUGAGCUACUGCUCAACAUCUCAAGGCUGUUGGCCUUACAUGAUAUUUGCUGUAAGAUUUGAGUUUCUAUGAAAGUAGAACUACUUCCCUGUCAGCACCUAUGAUGCCAUAAGCAGCUGUAGUUCACAUGCAAGUGGACAAGUGCCAGAGCUUUGAUUGGUAGUGUACAGAUGCCCAUGUAGGUAAUAACGGUUACAGUCACCAGCACUAUUGAGCAACACAGUGGAGAAUAGAUAUUGUGAGGUGGCCGGCCAAAAUAAACAAGACUGUGAUACAGAAUCUUUGCUUUAUACCAAAGAUCCUAGAGCGGAGCAAGAUAGAUCAGUGCUCUAGAAUCUUUGCUUUAUACUAUGUUGCUGCACACAUGUAUGCAUUGUCCAGUACUUAGGUGUCUGUGUAAUUGUAUGGAGCUACAAAGCCAUACUGAUUUGAUUAUUCACAGCAAUAUACACCCUAGCAUUGAGCUUUUUUUCCUGCAUUUUACCAUAGAGAUCCAUUAUGACUUUUCCAUCCGUGACCCAGCCAAAGGUCAGUCUGAGGGGAAGUAAUAUACUGCCAGAGAAUGCCUUAUUUAUAUCGGAUGGAUUUAAAAGUUCAUAUUUAUGAGGUAUAUUAUGCACUAAGGCAGCCAGUGAAUUAGCAAACACAUCUCAAGGCAAACCCAAGAGAAUUCUGGAUGUUUCUAAUCUUAAACUCAAUUAAGCCACUGAAUAUGUAUGACAUGACAUGGCUAAUGGUAAUGUGCUGUUAGACCACCAGGGGGAGAUAGAGCUUAACACUUGUAACUGUUUCUUCUUUGAAGUCGGUACUGAUCUGAAUGUUGUGUAAAAACCCUUAUUGAUAUUUCUGUGGCGCUUGUGUAAAUAAUAUAUAUAGAUUUGAACAAAUCUGAGUUAAAUAAAAUUAUGUGGUUUCAAA